AUGAUCCUGGGCAACAUGGCCGACAAAACCAAAGCAGAAUUGAUGGUCGAGCCUCAAGAAUUGCAAAUCAAAAUCGAUAUGGGGGAGAGUGCUGUGUAUGUGGAUGAGGAGGCCGAACGGCUUUAUCGUAAAAAAGUUGACUUCUGGGUGUUGCCUCUUCUUUGCUUGAUGUACUUCUUCGACUGUAUGGAUCGAAGUAAUCUAGCAAAUGCUAAAACUGAUGGCCUGGACGAAGACCUACAUUUCAAAGGAAACGACUAUUCCCUUCUCAUUCUACUAUUCUAUAUUCCAUUUGGCCUAUUUAAUCUCCCAUGGAAUCUCUUGAUCAAACGCUACUCGGGUCGAAUGAUGCUUUCGUCCACCAAAGAUUUCGGUUCCCUCCUUUCGAUUCGAAUCAUUCUGGGCGUCUUUGAAGCCGGGUUCUUUGCAGGCGCCACCUUUUACAUGACCUUGUUCUAUACCCGCGGAGAAAUGGGAUUUCGACUGGCAAUCAUGCAAUCGUUUGCAGUCCUAGCCUCUGCUUUCAGUGGUCUGAUCUCGUUUGGCGUGUUUCAAAUCAACAAUUCGGCGGUGAAGGGGUGGCAGUGGCUGUUCAUCAUUGAGGGCAGUAUGACCCUGAUCGCUGGCAUUACUGGAUUUUUCUUGUUACCAGAUGCUCCACAGACAGCCUGGUUUUUGGAUGAUCGGGAGAAAAAAGCAGCCAUUGCUCGAUCGCUUCGUGAUUCGUCAUCGGAGAUUUCCACGGGGUUUGACUGGAAGGCUUGUUGUCAAACGUGGAAUACCUGGCAGUUCCCCGUUUGGUGUGUUAUCACGUUUACCUAUCCCGUUGCCUAUGCGACUGCCAUGAACUUUUUCCCUUUGAUUGUUGAGCGCCUGGGAUUCUCUACCGUCAAAACCAACCUGUGGACAGUUGCACCAAACCUUGUCGGUGCAGUGGUGCUACUAUGUGUUGCCAAAUCGUCUGAUUUCUUCCGAGAGAGAACAGUUCAUAUUGUGUUUUCCUUGACCAUUUCUCUGGUCGGAAUGGUGAUCCUGGCUGCGAUCGACGUUCUUAACAAUAAGGGAGUAGCUUACUUUGCUUGUUUCUUGAUGGCUGCGGGCGCUUAUAUCCCAUCAUGCCUGGUACAUGCUUGGCAUAAUAACAAUAAUGUCAACGAGAACUCUCGGGCGGCCAACACGGGUUUCUUCGUUGGGCUGGGCAACUUGGCGGGGAUUUUGAGUGCAGCGACGUUUCGGACCCAAUAUGCACCCAAGUGA